CUCGCAAGUAACCAUGUUCGCCACCGCCCUCACCUCCAAGCUCGCCGCGCCCACCGCGCUCAAGGCCUCGGCUUUCAAGGCCAAGGUCAACGCCGGUUUCUCCGUCUCCGCGGGCAGGACCAUCGACACCGACGCCCGCCGCAAGGCGAUGAAGGCGAAGCAGGAGGCUGACCGCAAGAAGGCCGCCGCCGCCGCGCAGAAGGCCAAGGACCUCGCCAAGAAGAACGCCGAGGCUGCCAAGAAGGCCAAGGCUGCCGCCGCCGAGCUCGCCAAGAAGAAGGAGGCUGCCCGCAAGGCCAAUCAGGCCAAGUACAACGCCCUCAACAAGACCGCGGGCGGCUCCUCCAAGCUCAUCAAGAAGACCCCCCCUCCCCAGAUCAAGGAUCCCUUCGCGGGCCGCGAGAAGAAGACGGGCGGCGGACUCUUCGGCCUCUUCGGCAAGAAGAAGUAAGCGUCCCCCGCGUUCGCAUCGCUCGCGCGCGACUAGCAAGAGGGUGAAGGGACUCGAGGUAUACGGGAGUCUCGCGUCGCGACGCCGCGGUGCCUUAGCUCGCAUAGGCGCAUCUCGUCUAAUACACACGCAGCGCUAAACUUUU